UAAAGCUUAUUAAGUGUGUUUAUCUUAGCUUAUUGAACAGUAAGCGGUGGCUGGCCGGAGGAGGAUGGAGCUAUUCCCGGCGGCAAAGCCAGAUCUGUCUCUGAGGAUCAGCCCGCCGACCGGCAAACCACCGGGAACAACCCACGAUCACAAAACAGACCGCUCCAUGUUUAAGCCUUUUUGCCAUUUCGACCUUUCCCUUGGGAAUCUUAAUCAGCAUCAGCAUCCGCAUCUCUUUCGGAAACACCAAACGGGCAAUUUCGACCUCGGGUUCUUGCCGCGGCCGAUUAGAGGAGUCCCCGUCUACUACUAUAAUCCCGCACGUGCUGUCCCUUUUCAUUCUCCUGUUGGCAAUAAUAGCUUUCUUACGACUGAUCCUCCAGCAGAAGCUGCCGUGCCGCCGCCGUCGUCUAGCGGAGGCCACCGCAACGGUCAUCCAGCUGCAUCGGGGCCAGGGGGGAUUCGGUCGGGGUUUCGGUGGUCAUCGAGAUUUCCGGCGAGACGGAGGACGAGAAAUCCAAGGAUGCGGUGGACGAGCAGUCUCCAUGCUCGGUUCGUUCACUCGGUUGAGCUCUUGGGUGGCCACGAAAGAGCAACACCAAAGUCAGUUCUGGAGCUAAUGGACGUCAAAGAUCUCACCUUGGCUCAUGUAAAAUCCCAUUUACAGAUGUAUCGAACGAUGAAAACUACAGAUAGGGCAACUGGAGCUACAUCAUCAGGUCAGUCGGAAGUGUUUGACUAUGGGUCAUCUGGUGAUAAUACAUGUGAUGACUUGAUGCUGGACAUUCAAACAUCAAUAAAGUCUGAAUUGUCAGUUCAUCAGCAGCAAAGACCAAAUGUUUGUAACAAAAAUCAAUACGAGGACGAUUAUGAUCGACCAUCCACUCUGGAUCAAUUCAUCAAGGCGUAGAUCCAGCUGGAAUUCAUGAAAUGGGCAAAGAGCAGUGUGGGAUCUAAAUGCCCGGGGAUUGUGUUUAAUACAUUGUGAAAUGACAAAAAAAGAUUAUUAACUACGGUGCCGUGGAUAGAAUACCACUCCUUUAGAAGCGAUUUCGCCUUUACCAGUGCGGUCGAUACAAGGAAACGCCGCUCAAGGGGGUAUUAUGUACUAUACCAUGAACAACCCCUGCGAAUGACGUUUCAGUUCAUGCUCAAAGCUAUCAAUCGUGAAUCCAACUUACGACUCUCCCAACUCAAAUCAAGUUUAAUUGAAACUAGUAACAGAAAAUUUGACUCCAUCGUUGAAAUGUUUGGUAACAUAUUUAGACAUUUGAAAGGAAAGAAUCCAUUCAAGGUUUCAUUUAGCAGGGGAGAAAUAGCGAGUAAUGUCCGAACCUUUUUUGGAAACAUUUGCUUGUUUCUGAGGCCUAAGCCAAGCACGCACCUCGUCUUGAAUCUCCUGCGGUAACUCAUUCACAACAGAUGGGUCUAUAUCAUUUAUGUUGUAAUAAAAACUUGUAGCGUGUUUCUGGUGGGUUUGACCAGUUGCAUUCACACUGCUGCUACCUGAAAUGACAGAAAUAUGAGUAGGGGAAAAAUAGAAAGGGAGAUCAUGGGGAUUUCUUGUGAUUAGCAAGAGUAUUACCUUGGGUUGAUGACCCACAUUCCGUGAAAGGACUGCUUCCACGCCUCACCUCUAGAAGUGAGGAGGAGGCUUCACCAUGGAAGUAUGCUAAGAUGGAUGUUACCU